CACUUGCAUAUGGGUUUUGUAUAUCGAUGUCAUGCUAAUUUAGCAAGUCGAUAAGUUUAUAUCUUAAGAGACCAUCGCUAAAUCAAAACCAAACAAUUGAUAUUAUACUGAUUGGUUAAAUUUAUGUUGAAAACGCCGCAAUAUGAUCUGUCGCUUGUGUUUAAAAAACAUAAACGCAAACAAUGCCGUCUACCUAUUCGAGACCAACGACACCCUGGCCGAAUCCUCCCUACUCAAGAUGAUAGCAAAGUUUCUGCAGCUCGAGAUAAUGCCCGAUGACAACAUCUCAACGAACAUUUGUCACGAGUGCUGUGAGCAUUUGGAGGACUUCAACAACUUCUGGCAGCUGGUGGAGCAAAAACAAGGAACACUUAAAAAGGAGUUUCUUAACGUGGACGUCGACUGUGUCGCCCUCAAAUGGACGGGCAUCGAUGUCGAUGUCAACAUUGAUGAGCUUCCACUAGUUGCCGACGAGAUGGACGAGAAGCCAUUGGAUAUACACAAUCUUAAACUGCUUGGCAGUGUACUAGAUAUUAACGUGGACAGUGUGGAGUUGCCGCAACUUUCGACUACACCAACACCAAAACAGUUACAGACCGAAAAGUUUCUACAGCUGCAUGCCCCAGACUCCAGCGAUGACGACGAAGUAGACAACCACAAUAACGACGACAUCGAUGAAAAGCCCAUUAUGCAUGAAAGCAGCGAAAGCGUGCGCAAUGCUUCCUCAGAUGAGGACGAUGACGAAGUGCCCCUUGUUAAGCUGCAACACAAACUUAAGCCGAAACGCAAAGCACAGCGCGCCAUAACAAGACGAAACAAGCGGACACUGACGCUAGCCCAGGAGCUGGAUCAGUUGUUGGACGGCAGUGAAUUAGAGGGCAACAGAACGCGACGGAAAAAGGCACCAAACAACGCACCAACCGAUGUGCAAAAACACGAACUGCAGGCGGCGCUCGAGCGCAAACCCAAAGGCUGUUCACGUGCGCAGCUGACGAAGCGCUACGAAGAGGCGAUAGCCAGCUAUAUGAGCGCCGACUGUGAUCUGUGCGACUAUAGCACCAAGUACCUGUCCCAGCUGAAGGUCCAUUUCCUAGAGGUACAUCAGCGUGAUGCGUAUUUGAAGUGCUGUAACAAGGUCUUCAAUCGCGCCUCUAAGCUAAUGGAUCACAUACGUAAACACAUCAAUCCCAAACUAUUCACCUGUUCCAUUUGCAAUAAGUCGCUCAACUCACAGGACUAUCUGGCCACACACAUAGAAACGGUGCACAACAAAGUCGCACAGAUUGGUAAGGUGUUGAAGUAUCCGUGUCCCAAGUGCGAGCGCACCUUCAGCAGCGAGCGGCGUUUGGGCAAUCAUCUGCUCAAGCACGAUACGGAUCAGUUGGAGCACAGCUGUCACAUUUGCCACAAGAGCUUUGCCAAUGUGCAUAGACUGCGACGGCACAUACAGUCCAUACACGAGGAUCUGCAUCCGCAUGUCUGUGAUAUAUGCGGCAAAAAGUUCAAGUUCAAGCCCUCCUUCGAACGGCAUCUGCAGGAGCAUCAGGGAUUUGUGGCCCCGGCCAUGGAAUGUCCCGUUUGUGGUGUCUGGCUAAAGAACGAGCACAGCCUGCGGCUGCAUCGUUUCACACAUGACAGCACCGACACCACGUGUAAGCACUGCUCAAAGACAUGCAGCUCACGGACAGCGCUGCGCGCCCACGUCAAAUAUGCCCACAAACUGACGACAAAUCUGCAGUGCACGUACUGCGAGAAGAGUUUUAAGCAGCAACGCAAUCUGGAGGAGCAUAUGGCCAUACAUACCGGUCUGCAGCUCUACAAUUGCCCCCAUUGCCCCAAGGAAUGCCGCAGUCGCUCCAACAUGUAUGUGCACAUCAAGCAACGACAUGCGGACGAGUGGCUCAAGGCGAAGUUGGCGCGCUCCCACAACCCGCAGUUAAAGCCACCGCACGCGUAGUCGGAUCGUAGCUAU